AUGACAUGUUGGAGAAUUGAUAAUGAUAAUAUUAAACCAUUAAAAACAAUUAAAGUUCAUGGACAUCCAGUAACUAGUACUUGUUAAUCAAAAGAAGGUAUGUUUAUAGGUAUUGGAUGUUCAGAUGGAACUGUAAAAAUAAUAAAUGCAAGGUAUUAUAGAUAUACAUAUAUUAAUUUAGAAAAUUAGAUAUUGAAUCUAGUAAAUAGGCUCAUGAACUACCAUGUACAGCAUUAUGUUUUACUCCAGAUUCUAGAUUUAUUAUAUCUGGAUCAGUUGAUGCCAAAUACAGUUUUCUCUAAAAUACAAGACCUUAAGGAAUUUUUUCUUUACUUUCAAAAUUCUGGCUAUUAGGUAUGUUAUUAGCAUACUUAUUUAUUGUAAUAAAGGAUUUAUUUGAAUGA